CCCUUCCUCGCUGCAUUCCCCUUUCAACUCUUCUGCUUCAUCCCCAGGAAUCACCGGUUUUGAGUUAACUCACUGAAUAAAGUAUGAGUUCACUCGCCAGCAGAUGUGCAAAGCUCCUUAGAGUCUCUGUUCCUACAGCACCGAGCUCUUCUCUAGUGUCGGGUGUGCAACGUACCUCCAAGUUGUGGUGUUCAACUGGUUCGGUUGGUAGCAAAAAUGAUGAAGGGAAAGGCGAUGAAAUGGAAGAAGAGAUUGAUGAUUUUCUUGGUGACAAGUCUGACAAGCGUUUGCCAAUGCUCCAAGGUGUCAAUCCUGGAAGUGGUUGGAAUUACCGUGGUGUACACAGGGCAAUUAUUUGUGGAAAAGUUGGGCAAGCCCCUAUACAGAAGAUAUUGAGGAAUGGACGAACAGUGACUAUAUUUACAGUUGGGACAGGUGGCAUGUAUGACCAGAGAAUCAUAAGGGACCAAAACACACCACAACCUGCCCAAUGGCAUCGAAUUGCUGUGCAUAAUGAUACACUUGGGGCUUAUGCAGUUCAACAAAUCACUAAAAACUCCUCAGUCUAUGUUGAGGGUGAUAUUGAAACUAGAGUUUACAAUGACAGCAUAAAUGGUGAAGUUAAAUCUAUACCAGAAAUAUGUAUCCGUCGUGAUGGAAGAAUUCGCCUUAUAAAGACUGGUGAAGGUGUUAGCAAUAUAUCGUUUGAUGACCUGCGAGAGGGAUUGCUGUAGUUUGAUGUCUAAGGGCACAUUCUGGGAACUUCUUCACAGAACGUGGGAGCAACUGAAGCUUCUUUGUAUUAAAAGAAGAGGAAAAAGUCAACUGUUUUAGCCUUUUGCUAAUUGGGCCUAAGAUGGAAUUAAUGCUUAGUUGUCAUAGUUUCUAUGUGUCACUUGGUCAUUAUUCUGCUUUGUUGUUUAAAACUUCUGUUUGUCAGAUAAAUAUCCUCAUUUAGCCUGUCCUUGCUGCCCCACCUUCUUCUUUCUUUCCAUCAUGGGACAGGUGGGAAGGUACGCACUUGAAGAAUCGAGAAUGUUAAUUGAUUUAUGAUAUUAUUAAUGAGGUUAAUAUUCAAUUGAAUUUCAGUACCA